AAUUUGAGGCGGUCAACACUAAAAACUGACGCAGGAUGACCACUGAAAAUGGUGAGAUUCGCCGUCCAACUAUUGCUGAUCGUGAGGAUGAAUAUCGUUCGCGUCGUCGAUUGCUGAUGAUUUCCCCAGCAAGAGUAGACCCGUUCGCUGACGGUAUGUAUACAAACAGCGUUUUUAUUGUUUAUCAGCAUUUAUCCUUAAGUUAUUACCCCAUCUAAGAACGAAUUUUUCUUUUUUGUAUAGCGAUGUGGUGUCCAGCGGGGCUUAUUUUUUGUGUAAGGUUAGGGCGUUUGGUAAGUGCAUAUGAUUAGGUGAUUGUUUAGUUCUUAUACAUUCUACGCAAUCCAAACUCUUUUACAGCGAUUUCGCAUCAUUCAACCUUGAAGCAAUCUCUUGGUUCGGAAACGAUGGCCCGGGAUAAACCCAUCACGUGCGUCAUUUUUUUAUGAUGUUAAAUUAUUUGUAUAGUUCUCUAAUGCCUAAUUUGUCUUUGCUUCUUUUUAUUUAUAUUUAUUUCUGCGCACCACUGACAAAUAAUUUGAUGAAUUGGCGUUUGUAGGCGACCAAACACCGGAUCACCGUCUAUCAACGUACAAAGAUAUCAUGCUUAAUCAGCAACUCACCAAGGAACAACGAGCAUUGCAGGCAGAGAUAGCUGAAAGAGGUAAGACUGGGACGCUACGAAUGGACUCAGAAGUUCCCACGAAAAGACGUAGAUGGGAUCAGCCUACCACAGAUGUCAACGGGACUAAGAAUGACGCACCAACUCCUGCUGCUACUCCAUCAACUCCGAAGCGUUGGGGAGAUGACGCACUCACUCCUUCACGUCCACCCUCUACACUUACAGGAGUCUCAACCCCUGGAAGCCGGUCACAGUGGGAUGACACUCCCGGGAGAGCAAAAGACCCUGGCGCAACCCCUGGACAAAGCGUUAGGCAAUGGUCAGAAACUCCCCUUUUUGCAGCUACUCCAGGUCGAGAAACAGGAAGUUCUGCAUUUGGUGGGACACCUAGUGCUAGACGUAACCGUUGGGACGAAACUCCUCACACUGAAAGGUAUGGUGCCGAUACACCAGGUCAUGGUGCUGGAUGGGCAGAAACCCCCAGAGCUGAUCGAACUCCUGGCGGUGUAGAGUCAAUUCAAGACACACCAUCUUCAAUGGUUUAUGGACCAGGCUCCACUCCAUCAAGCAUUGCUGCUGCGGCCGCACUUGCCGUUAAGCGCAGAUCUAGAUGGGACGAAACUCCACUAAAAGCAGGAUCAACUCCAGGUGGUUUAACACCAUCUCAGGUUAGUAGCGGUAAUGUAUUUCGUCUUUAGACUUCAUAUUGGUGCAACAAAUGAUUUUAUUUUUACUGUGUACCUUUUCAUGUUAAAAAUUUCGAAUUUAGUGUAGAACCGCUGACCUUAACAAACAACUAACCUUUUAGUAUAAUCCAGCUAGCUAAGAGCUUUGGCAAGCAAAAAUAUCUGCCAACAAUAAUUUAGUGCUGACUUGUCGCUGAUAACUAAGAAUAUUUCAAUAUUAGCAACAAAUUUAUUCAGUAGUACCAAACGAUAAGCAUUUAAAUCUCGUGUACGGUACUCCCUGAAUUUAUCAAGUCAGCCCAUCAAAUAAACAUUUCUGUAGACUUCAAGACGUAUCUAACAAAUCCUAAAAUGUUGAUUGCCAAGAUUAAACAAAGUAAAGAAUUAGUUGAAUGAUUUUCAAACUAUUUAAAACGACCUACUAAAUUAUCCUUGAAUAUUUGGGGAUGUAUCAGCUAUGCAUGUUAUUGCUUUCUUGUUUCGUGUCCAUGAUUUCGUUAGGUUUUCGGUCCUAAGUACUCACAGCACCUGUAGGUUGCAGUUUUCAAGAGCACCUUAGUGAUUUUUUAUUUUAUGAUAUAAAAGCGUGUAUCAUCGUAGCAUUCACUGUUUCGAGUUGCCAAAAAUGUACUGAUGAAAGUCGGUUAGGGAUAAAACACUGGCGUGUUGUAUAAGUUAAUAAAACAGCGCGGUCCAUAAGUUGGUCUUCUAAACUUCAACGAUCAUCUAUAUGUCAUUUCUCUCUCAGCAUGUCGCAGAAACUAGACAAAGCCGAUACACAUAUGUGAUUUAGAUCCCUAUAAUAGGUGUCAUCGUUCUUUAUUGUUUUGAUUUUUAGACUCCGGGCAGCUUCACACCGUCAAGUGCUAUGGGUGGGAUAACACCAGGAGCAACUCCUGGAGGCUUUAAUGCGGCUAGCGCUUUCACUCCUUCCGGAACUACUCCAACAGGUUUACGGGCUAUGGCUAUGGCCACACCAAAUUUCGGGUCUGCUGCCAUAACAAUACCAGGAGCAGGAAUCCCAAUGACUCCCGAACAGUUACAAGUAUAUGCUUGGCAGAAGGAGAUCGAUGAUCGAAACAGACCUCUAACUGAUGAGGAUUUAGAUGAGUUGUUGCCUCCAGGUACGAGUUGUUCGGUUUUACUAAGUUAUUCACUGAAUUUCAACUAUUUCUUUCACCAAUCUUGUGUUAGUUUGAAAAUAUGAACUUAUUUGUUGCAGAUAAAACUUACUGAGUCCAUCAUCUCUACCAUGCCAAGUAUAUUUAAGCAACAUAUAACAAGUUAUCAUAUUUCAGACAAAAAAUAAAGUAAAUGUGAGCUUUUAAAUAGCUAACUGCUACUUUCACACUAUGUUGGGUUUUCUAACAUAAACCUUUAAUUGUUUAUCAUUGGUUAGACGACAGUCCAACGAUUGUUUCUGUUUCUAAACAUCAUUCGCGGUGGCCUACACAUCCCUUAAUUCAUGUUCACUCAUCUCAUACUGUGCAUUCUUCGAUAAACAAUAAUGAACGGUUUAUGACAUGGUAAAAAAUAAGGGGGAGUUCUGUCACCUCUACAUUUUUCAACACAUUUUGACUAGAUGGGAUUCUAAAGGUUAUGCGUGUCAUCAUAUGUCUCAGGAUAAAGGCUGUUAGCAUUCGUGCUGUUGUGUUUAUUGUAUUGAGUGUAAAUAGAAUCGCGUUUUUACCCCAACUUUCUCAUUACCUGUUGUUUUUUUAAGGGUUUUGUGAUUUGUUCGCAAUGUCAUCUUUUCGCUCUGUGCGGGGCAUAUUUGGCGGUGCUCCAUUAUAAAAAAAUAUUCCUCCCAAAUAAUUAUGCCAAAUAACGACGCCCUUUGUUAGUUGGCGGGUCAGUACUUAAAACAUCCCUACCAUUUUAUUUGGUGCACACUUACAAUUUUGUUUAUAUAUUUGACUUCCUCGAGUGACUGCCUUUAUUUUUACGCCAGUCACCUGCGAUUCCGAUAGAUCGCGGAUUUGUAAUUUCUUUUUAUCGUAUAUUAAGUCAAGACCAAACCUACCCAGUCUGUCGGCUAUUAAUGUUAUUCGUUUCAGCGAGACGUAUCAUUUCAGUUAGCUUCACGACCAGGGAUAGUCUCAUGUCUGCAUUUCAUGGAAAAUGAGAUCUUUACUGCUGUUAACUAACCAACAUCAAUAACAAUCAAGUUGUCAUUUUUUCUGCUACAGUUGCACACAUAACUGUUGGGUAAACAAUUUUGUGUAUAAAAUUUAAUAUACUGAUUCACUUGUCUCCAGGCUAUAAGAUCAUGCCACCGCCCGCCGGUUACGUCCCAAUAAGGACUCCUGCUCAUCGAUUGGUAGCAACACCAACUCCAAUGAUUGGAGGGACUCCAAUGGGCUUUAGAAUCGGCACACCUGAUAUUGGAACAACAGCUGGGUUUGGUAUAAAUGCAACUGGAGGUAAUGCUGCGGCUCUUGGUGACAUGCAACCGAAAGGAGCUAACUUACCCAUGAUGAGACCUGAUGAUCUACAGUAUUUUGAUAAACUGCUACAAGUUAGUUAAUCUGAAUAUUUAUUUACAAUUUUAUUACGCCAGAAAUAAUUUCUAUUCACUAAACAAUUUCUUUUUGGAACUAUCACUUUUCGUGUAAGUUUAGUUCAAAAUCUGAGAAGUAUACAAACACCUAACUUGAUUGUUCUAAACCAUCUUGAUGCUUCGACAAAACCUUGUUUCAUCAUUUUCCAGUGCUUUAAUUACUAAUGACUGUCCUGAAGCAUUAUUAAUAGAAGUGUUGAUGGUCUUUCUUCCUGUACUAUAUCCUUAUUGCAAUCUUUCUUUUAUAUAUUACCACCUCUGAAUUAACUACUUUUAUGAAUCCGGCGUCCAUCUUGUUGUGUUAAUGAGAUAUGGCAACUUGGACCGAUGCACAUAUGUGCCUGGUCCUACGUUGUAGCUGACUGACUGACUGUUAAUGGUCGGAAAGUAGGUACGUUCCCUUGAGUACAUCUUAACCCAAGGUUUACGGACAAUGUCACGUUACGUUGUUUUAGUAUACAGGAUCCUCAAGCUCCGGUUUGUCAAUAGCAUCUAUUGUAUGCUUUUUGUAUUAUCUGUGAAUAACUCCUUUUUCAGGAUUAGUAAACUAUCUUAACAGCUGUAAUCCAUGUUACAUAACUCACUGUUAAUUAAUUGGAAAUUCGUGAAUCUAUGAACCUGAUGUACUCGCAGUCAUUUAGACUACCCAUACAGAAAAAGUUAAUGAAUCAUCUUUGCAAAACUUUUGAUAUCUUAACAUCUGUCUAUCAGAAGUCAAAUUUGUUACUUCGAUUCAUGUAAUCUAGACAAAUAUCUGUCACGCUCAAUUGCUCCAGGCUUGAAAUUCCGAAAGAAUUCCAUAUGUUCAGAUACCACUAUCUCUGUAGGACUAAUGACCUUCACUUAAAGUGGUUGUUCUGAACCUCUGUGUCAUGUUAAAUCAUGUUGGGAAUUGGAAUUCAUCUGAUGUAGUUGUCUUUUAGCACUGACUUUAGUGUUCCGAAUACAUUCUUAAAAUAUUACGCAUCAUUUGAUUCAUAGAUUCACUUGUUCCAACUCGUAUAUAUAGGUCGGUCAGCUGUAGGUGGUUGCAUUCAUAACGGUAAAUGUAUUGACUAAAUCUUGACUUCGGUAGUUUCUGAGUCACAAGCACACGAAGAGGUAUCCUGGUGCCAGCCAUGACAGCAUUAGUCUAUCAAGUCAUUUAUGACACUGAACUAUCAUCAAAAUCUCCAUGUUUAAUUCACUUUUCGUACCAAUUUUUGUGUGGGAAGUUUCUUAGUUUUCGUUUUCAGAAGUUUUGCCACUUGUUUAAUUAGUGAUCUAUUAUACCUCUUAGCAGGUGGUUUUCUUAGGGAACCACACCCCGAGCCUUUGAUCUGAAGGUCUAAUCCACAAGGCAGUGGAGCAACGUCAGGAGAUGCAGUCCCAUAGUAGCCGGUGACCAACAAUAGGCCAUUUUUACCCUCAGAAUCCUGGAGUCCAUAUGCACAAUUGGUUUGGAAUCAGGGUUUACCAACUCCCCGGGUCCACUAGCCCGGUUAAACCGCUUCUCUUCCUCUCGAUUUCGUAAACAACACUCACCACGAGAAGGCAGUGAGUAGGACUUCCUUUGGAGUGGCUGUAUACGCGUGGUCAUGUGAGAACAUUUGGAGGUGAAUAUCAAGUUGCAUCUCACUUUCCGUACAAGCUUUUUGUUAAUUUUUAAAAUACAUUUUCUCUUUGUUAAAGGAUGUCGAUGAGGACACUCUUCCACCCGAGGAGGCACGUGAAAGAAAGAUAAUGACAUUUUUACUCAAGAUAAAAAAUGGUACUCCUCCAAUGCGUAAGUCAGCCCUAAGGCAAAUCACUGAGAAAGCAAGGGAAUUCGGUGCAGGGCCUCUGUUCAAACAAAUAUUACCCCUUCUGAUGUCUCCUACAUUAGAAGAUCAAGAACGCCAUUUGUUAGUGAAGGUAAAUUAGACCUCUCAAUUAUGUCUACAAUCUCAGCAUUUUUGUUUAUACAUCUACACAGUUUCUUAAUUGUUUUAAACCUGUUUCAUCAUUACAAAUAUUGAUUGUCAUAUUUAUUUCUAUGCUUUCUUUUCAGUAUGCAUUUAAAAUUGAGCACCACUUUUCAAUUCAUUAAUAUCCAAUCUGUAGAACUUUAUAAUACUGCUUUGAAUAAAAUUACAGGGAAGACAAACACACUAUAUAGUGUUUGUUAUUCAUUUUUGUUCAUAAAUCGUAUGAUUAACCUGAGAAAAUCUUGUCAGGUUUGUUUCAUGUUCCGAGUUUAUCUUAACGAAAACAUUCAUCUGGCAAGACUAUAAUUUGUGGUCGAACCAAGAAAAUUCAAGAUAGGAGGUCUUGGAUUUGGGUGCAAAAUUCAUUCGUUUGGCUAUAUGACAUUUUGAUAUUAUAGCUGAUGUCGGUUCGUGAUGAAAACCUCAACUGUAGUUCCUAACCUUAACUUCCGAUUCUACGUCCCAAUCUCAAUUUCUUGCAUUAAUUUACAACCCACCCUAGUAGGGGGAAUUUCCUUACAAUCACUUUGGCGUCUCAAAGGUCAUCCGUAAACUAGUUCCACCCAUUCAUCUAUAUUACUAUCGUGCAUCCAAUAUUGUUGUUGGAACCAUUUCCAUCUUGAAAAUCCAGACAAUUCUAUAUGUCGUCCAUAACUUUAUGAUCUGCGUCAGACCCAGUUUUGAUCCUUUAUUUAGUAUUAAAUAAUUACGAUGUAAUGCAUUUUUUAGUAUCAAAUUUGAGUCAUAACCAUACAGUCCUGUCAUCUGAUGUACUUUAUCUUUAACCUUCAGGUAAAACAAACAUGAGUUUUAUUCACCUUUUUAUUUCGGUAGGUCAUCGAUCGUAUUUUGUAUAAACUGGACGAUCUUGUCCGCCCUUUUGUGCACAAAAUUUUGGUUGUUAUUGAACCUCUACUUAUUGAUGAAGAUUAUUACGCUCGUGUCGAGGGGCGUGAAAUAAUAUCUAAUCUCGCAAAAGCUGCUGGACUCGCUACUAUGAUUUCUACUAUGCGUCCCGAUAUUGAUAAUAUGGACGAAUAUGUGCGUAAUACAACUGCAAGAGCGUUUGCUGUCGUUGCAUCAGCUCUAGGAAUCCCUAGUUUGUUGCCAUUUUUAAAAGCCGUUUGCAAAUCUAAAAAAUCUUGGCAAGCUAGACAUACUGGCAUCAAGAUUGUUCAACAAAUAUCCAUCCUUAUGGGUUGUGCAAUUCUACCGCAUUUACGAUCUUUAGUGGAAAUUAUUGAACACGGGUUAGUUGAUGAACAACAAAAAGUUCGCACCAUUACAGCAUUAGCUUUGGCCGCUCUUGCUGAAGCAGCCACUCCUUAUGGCAUAGAAUCAUUUGACUCAGUUUUGGAACCUUUGUGGCGUGGUAUAAGAACUCAUCGAGGCAAAGGUUUAGCCGCUUUCCUAAAAGCUAUUGGCUACCUCAUCCCCCUAAUGGAUGCAGAGUAUGCCAAUUAUUAUACUCGUGAAGUUAUGUUAAUUUUAAUCCGUGAGUUUCAGUCUCCUGAUGAAGAAAUGAAAAAAAUUGUUCUUAAAGUAGUCAAGCAGUGCUGUGCAACAGACGGUGUCGAACCUGAUUAUAUUAAGUCGGAAAUUCUACCACCGUUUUUCCGUAGCUUUUGGACACAACGUAUGGCUCUAGAUCGGCGCAAUUACAGACAGCUGGUUGAUACAACUGUGGAAAUAGCAAAUAAAGUCGGUGCAGCUGAUAUCAUCUCUAGAAUUGUAGAUGACCUCAAAGAUGAGUCCGAACCUUAUCGUAAAAUGGUUAUGGAGACUAUCGAAAAAGUUAUGUCUGCACUAGGAAGCACAGAAGUUGAUGCUCGACUUGAAGAGCAAUUAAUCGAUGGUAUAUUAUAUGCUUUCCAGGAACAAAGUACCGAAGACGCUGUCAUGUUGAUUGGUUUUGGAACUAUUGUACAAUCACUUGGUAAACGUGUUAAGCCGUACUUGCCCCAAAUAUGUGGUACAAUCUUAUGGCGUCUUAAUAACAAAUCGGCUAAAGUUCGUCAGCAGGCAGCCGACCUUAUUAGUCGUAUCGCUGGUGUAAUGAAAGUGUGUCAAGAAGAAAAACUAAUGGGUCAUUUGGGUGUAGUUUUAUAUGAAUACCUUGGUGAAGAAUAUCCAGAAGUACUUGGAAGUAUUUUGGGUGCCCUUAAGGCUAUUGUAAAUGUAAUUGGUAUGACCAAAAUGACUCCUCCAAUUAAAGAACUUUUGCCAAGAUUGACACCAAUAUUGAAAAACAGGUUAGUUCUAAAUGUUAUUGUUCAUUAUCGCUAAAUGGUAUACAACAUGGUCGUUUUCAGUCAGCUUACCAGCGACUUAUAUUUUGAUCAUCGGUUUUACUGAUGUUUUGUCGAUAUCUGAGGAUUGCGACUUUAAACCUCUUUUCCAUACAUGCAAUUAAAAUAAUGAAUGGUACUAUUUAAACUUGUACCAAUCUAACUCGCUUUUUUAUUCUCUGAAGAAGCGACUUACACUAUGUCACGAAACAUCAGAAAUUCAGUUGUCUAGUUACUGAGGUAUUACAAGUGUAUAAUCAAUUUUCUUAUAAACAAUCAUUCCACCCUACAUUCAAUAAGUUUGAUAUUAUCUAGUUAAGCCUUGGUAAUGAUACUCUUCUUGUUUUCUAGGCAUGAAAAAGUAGAAGAAAACUGUAUCGAUCUUGUUGGACGAAUAGCAGACCGUGGGUCGGAGUAUGUCUCUUCUAGAGAAUGGAUGCGUAUCUGCUUUGAACUCUUGGAAUUAUUAAAAGCACAUAAAAAAUCAAUUCGACGAGCAACUGUCAACACUUUUGGUUAUAUUGCCAAAGCAAUCGGUCCACAUGAUGUUUUAGCGACUCUGUUAAAUAAUUUAAAGGUUCAAGAGCGUCAAAAUCGUGUUUGCACAACUGUUGCCAUUGCUAUUGUUGCAGAGACAUGUAGUCCAUUUACUGUUUUACCUGGUCUUAUGAAUGAAUAUAGGGUCCCUGAACUAAAUGUUCAAAAUGGUGUUUUAAAAUCACUGGCUUUCAUGUUCGAGUAUAUUGGUGAAAUGAGCAAAGACUACAUAUAUGCCGUAACUCCUCUGUUAGAAGAUGCACUAAUGGACCGUGAUCUUGUGCACAGACAAACUGCAAUGACUGCAGUAGCUCAUAUGGCUCUUGGUGUAUAUGGGUUUGGGUGUGAAGAUGCUCUUCUGCAUCUCCUGAACGUCGUUUGGCCUAAUGUCUUGGAAACUUCACCACAUGUCAUUCAGGCUUUCAUGUUUUGCAUUGAAGGUCUCCGUGUUGCACUUGGUCCUAACAAAGUACUUCAGUAUUGUCUUCAAGGCUUAUUCCAUCCUGCUAGGAAAGUGAGAGAUAUGAUGUGGAAAGUGUACAAUACUAUUUACAUUGGUAAUCAAGAUGGCUUAGUUUAUGGUUUCCCACGUAUUCCUGACGAACAAGAUCACACUUAUAUCCGACAUGAAUUGUCUUAUAUUUUGUGAAAAUGUAUUUGUCAGUAUGAUCACAAUCCUAUUUACUUCUUAUUUUCACUCCCAGACUUUGAUGUUUUGUUACUAUUGCAUUCUUGUCCUUCAAAUAAGUUCCUGAUAUCAGGAUCUAUUAACUCCUACGGUUUUACACAUCGUCGUGGUCUUGUAUUUAAACCAAUUUUUUUCGGAUUAAUAAAUCAGUUAAAUUGACUCAUGUGCUUUCUAAUAUUCUGUUCAGAUGGGUGAUGUGAGUGAAUUUCUGACUUCAUAAUUUAGAAAUUAAUGCCACAAAGGUUCCCUAUGCUAUUAAAUCGCUAUCGUUAAUCUUUCAAAAGUAGGGAUAGGAGCGAUCCGAAAACUAAUCGAUCUCAUGUUAAAUUUGACGAAGCCACCGUUUUAUCUACUAAAUUAUUAAUAAAAAACGCCAAUUUUCGGCGUCACCAAUUUCGAGACUUACUAUCCAGAGUCUCUAGUUAUCAUAUACGCUUUUCGCGUGAGCCCUACUCAGAAAGUUUGGACCUCCUGUGACAAUUAAGUUUUAAAUCCACAAACUUACCUCUGAUAUUUGCUUGCAACAGUAUUUGUAGUUAAUCUCUGUUAUUUGAAAAUGAGUUUGUUGAUCGUCGAAACAAUAGGCUUACCAAUAAGUCACGCACUUCUACUUCAUAGCUAGUUAAUUCAAAUGUGAUGUAUUUGAAUUCAAGUUGUAAGAAGAGGUUGGUAGGUAGCUUGCUGUCAAUAAAUUUGGUACAGCGAAUUGUAGUUGGUAGGUCCUGGGUUCGAGCCCCGCGUGGUGCGGGAUCGUGGAUGCGCACUGCUGAGGAGUCCCAUACCAGGACGAAACGGCCGUCCAGUGCUUCCAGGUUUUCAAUGGUGGUCUAGCUUCAACUGACUCAUGAUUUCAACCUGUGAACUUUCUAAAACUCUCCACAAAACCCACUCUGAGAAUUGUAGUCAUUUAGUCGGUGGUAAAGCUCACUGUAGAUUGUAUUUUCUUGGGAUGUAAAUGAAGGUAUACUCUCUAAGUGCGAUUGAAUCUUAUAGUUCAUUGACAAGAAUUGUUGUACUUUUACACCUAAAGGAUUAUUGUUGUCUGGGUCCUAGGGUUUAGUACAAAAUCAGUUAAUCCUUCAGGAUGUUCGGACUAAGGCAUAUGAAACAUGUUUUCUAGAUUGAUAAAUGAAUCCUGUAUUCUUGAAUAUUGGUCAUCGAGUCAUCUUUAAGUGAAACUCGAACUAACAGUCUUAUUUUACCUUUGCUUCAUACAGGUUCGUACUUUUCUGUUGAUUAUAAAAUCAUACUCGUAAAAGCAUUUUAAAAAACGGAGUGGUUACUCAUCUUAAGUCUUAUAGUAUUUAAGUGUGGCAGUCAUGUUGGUUAGUUGUAUAGGUGGUGAAGUUGGCUGACCUGACAGAAAGGUAACUAACAUAAUCACAAUCCUUUUUGAAUGAGAUCAGUUCCUGUGGUCAAUCUAGGAAAUAUAUAUUCUGCUACCCAAUAUUCUUUGGAAACAACGCUUCACUUGACUGGUCCUUUAUCAGGACAAAAAUCGUAAGUGGACAAAAAAGAUAUUCCAAAAAUCUGAACGGCAAAAAACUGCAUACACAGGAGUGUCUUAUUAAUCUAUCCGCUAGCACUGGAUCAAUGAGCUAUCACCAACAGUCUGAAAAAAACUUGCACAUAACUCUAA